UUCGUUUGAAACCCGUAAUCCUCUAAUAAAAUUAAGUGAUAAUUAUUUUAAUUCUAUUCAUAAGGUAGUAUUAACUUCAAUUCUAAGUACAAAACCACUGAAGCUUUAAAAUGGGCAGUACAGUAAAACAACUGUUGAGUGCUUUAUUGUGGGACAUUUACAGUAAGAAGCAAGCAGAGACAAGUAAGAGCUCAAGAAAUUUACGGAGGCUUCACCAGUUAGAAGAUAUAACAGAUAUAGCAAUGGAUUUGCGACAAAAUAUGAAAAGCUUAAAGAGGCAAAAUGUGCCCACUCUGAUUGAUACGGUCGCUAUACUUAACGUGAAAGUGAUUUUGAUGGGCUAUUGUUUGGAGCAAGCGUUAGUACAACGCGAACGCUCUAAACAUCAACAAGAAAUAUUAUGUGGAUUUGUAGACGCUAUACUACAUAUACAAUUUGUAUUAAGUUCAACAUUAUCACGUUCUAAUUAA